AUGACCCUGUCCUGUCUGCAUGUGACCACAGCAUUGGCUCAGGUCAUCGUGUGGCCCUUCAUCCUCGUUGACCUUUUCAUGCUGCUGGUCUACUUGAGGAGACCGGUGCUAAGAGCAGAGGCUCGUUAUGUCCUGUUUGCCCAGACCUUGUACGCCGACUCCAUCUUCCUUCUGCUCACUAACUUUGGACUGAUCUCUUACUAUGUGAACCUGCUGGUACCUAUGUGGUUCUGCAUCCCACUGUGCAUUGUAAUGGAUGCUUUGGCCCAGGUCUCGCCCAACAUCAUCCUGGUCAUGUGCCUGGAGCGAUACGUUGCUGUCUGCAUGCCUCUCAGGCACGUCAACAUCUUCACCCCCCAGAGGACCAUCCUCAUCAUCAUCAUAGUCUGGCUCCUCUCCUUCAUCCGGCCUGUCGUAGAUUUGAUCAUCUUUCUCACUUACAUUGCAGAGAGCUACUUUUAUAAGAGUACCUCUUGUUCAUACGAGGUGCUACUGCAGCAGGACUGGCAUAUGUUGAUGAGGGGCAAUGUGUAUAUCCUUAAGCUUGUGUUUACUGUGCUUAUCUUGUGCUUCUCCUACGGGUCUAUCAUGUUGGUUGCUAAAAGGGCCUCAGGUGACAACAGACAGGCUGCUUCAAAGGGGCAGCGCACCAUGCUGCUUCACGUCUUACAGCUCUUCUUCUGCACACUGGAGGCCGUUAGCCCCUUUAUAGAAGCGCGGAUCCUUGAGAUGAGGGACAUCAAUUUGUUUCUCAUUGUGCGUUACUUUGAUUUUUUGGCGUUCCACAUUUUCUCCAGAGCGAUAAGUCCUCUCAUCUAUGGUUUCAGGGAUGAGAAGUUCUAUUCUGCUCUGAUGUACUAUGCCUGCUGUAAGUGUAAUCACAUCUCCUCACACCCUAAGGUUCCCCCAAAGUGGCAAGUUAAAUACCCAAAUAACAAGGAGUUGGAAAAUACACAAAAGUGA